AUCUUAAUUGCUGUUUGUUUAGCGUAAUACAGAUUGCAGAGCGGUGCGCGCCGGGAGAGCAGUACGUGUUUGAUAAAUUAAUGUUUUUUUCGUGCCUUUGCGUUGCUUCGAUCUGUUUCGAUUUUAAGUAUAAAAUAAGGCGCGAAUGAUAUACGGAUAAUACUUCGAUUAAAGUGUCGUCGCGUGACUGUCGUUUCAGUGAUUUUCUCUGUAAUCUUUCCAUAUAAUAUAGCCCGAAACGAAUCUGCAACGGAGGGCACUACCUACACCACGUAAUGGCGAAAUUCUGGAAUGCACUCACCCGCCGCAAAACGGACGACGUCAACGAGGGCGAGUCCCAGCUGGCGCGUGUCCUCAAUCUCUUUGAUCUUACGGCCCUGGGCGUGGGCAGUACUCUGGGACUGGGCGUCUAUGUCCUGGCCGGACAGGUGGCCUACAACAUUGCCGGUCCGGCGGUGACCAUUUCAUUCCUGAUCGCGGCCGUCGCAUCGGCCUUUGCGGGCAUCUGCUAUGCGGAGUUUGCCGCUCGCGUGCCCAAGGCAGGAAGCGCCUAUGUGUACAGCUAUGUGACCAUUGGCGAGUUUGUGGCCUUCACCAUUGGAUGGAAUCUAAUCCUGGAGUAUGUCAUCGGCACUGCUUCCGUGGCGCGCGGCCUGAGCGGCUACUUUGACGCGCUGAUCGACAACAACAUGUCGAAGGCGCUGAAUGAAUCGAUGCACAUGGAUGUGGGCUUUUUGGGCGACUAUCCGGACUUUUUGUCCUUCGGGAUGGUCUUGCUGUUGGCCGGAAUCUUGGCAUUUGGCGCCAAGGAGUCCAGUUUCCUGAACAACAUCUUCACUUGCGUCAAUCUAGUCACGAUCUGCAUUGUUCUGGUGGCCGGAGCCAUGAAUGCGAAUGCCGAUAACUGGCGCAUUCCCCAGGACCAGGUGCCCGAAGGAUUCGGCACUGGUGGGUUCAUGCCGUUCGGCCUUGCCGGAGUGAUGGCGGGAGCGGCCAAGUGCUUCUUCGGCUUCGUGGGAUUCGACUGCAUUGCCACCACGGGCGAGGAGGCCAUCAAUCCCAAGCGCAACAUCCCGCUCUCGAUCGUCAUCUCGCUGAUCAUCAUCUUCCUGGCCUACUUCGGGGUCUCCACGGUGCUGACGAUGAUGCUUCCGUACUACCUGCAGGACAGGGACGCCCCUUUCCCGCACGCCUUCGACGUCGUUGGCUGGAUCACAAUCAAGUGGAUCGUGACUAUCGGAGCGGUGUUUGCCCUGUGCACCAGUCUCCUGGGAGCCAUGUUCCCACUGCCCCGCAUCCUCUACGCCAUGGGCAACGACGGCAUCCUCUUCAAGCGGCUCUCCAAGGUGCAUCCCUACACGAAGACGCCCCUUAUAGCCACCAUUGUCUCGGGAAUCUUUGCCUCCAUCAUGGCCAUGCUGUUUAAUCUGGACCAGCUCGUGGACAUGAUGUCCAUCGGUACCCUGCUGGCCUACACCAUCGUGGCCAUUUGUGUUCUGGUCCUGCGCUACCAGGACGAGGACAUGACCAAGCUCGUGUCGGUGAAGGCCCCAAAUGUGUUCCGGCAGUUCUUCAACGGCCAUUCAUAUCGGGAACCCAACUCCUUGACCUCUAACAUCACCAAGGUCGGCAUCGUGGUCUUCGCCGUCGUGUGCCUGGUGUGGUGCUCAUUGCAGAAGGCAUUUGACCUUGACAGUACCGGUGGCAUAGUGUCGCUGAGCCUGGUGGGCGUCGUACUGAUCCUCAUCGGCGUGGUCAUUGGAAUGCAGCCAGUGUCGACCAUUGAGCUGACCUUCAAGGUGCCGCUGGUGCCGUUCGUGCCGUGCCUGAGUGUCUUUGCCAACCUCUACCUGAUGUUCCAGCUGGAUCUGAACACCUGGAUUCGAUUCCUCAUCUGGAUUGUGAUUGGCUAUGUGAUCUACUUCUGCUAUGGGCUGCGCAACUCCACACAGAUAUCCAGGAAUCGCAACCACGCCGAGGUAGCGGCCAAUGCCUUGCAGCAGCAAAGCAACAAUUAUCUUGGCCAGCACGAGAACCGCGCCUUUGAGCCCGACUUUAAGGCGGAAAAUGGCGUCAAGCUGCCGCCGUUCGAGUACUCCGAAAAGCUUUAAGCCCGCAGAAGCAGCCGAAGUAUUAUAGGUCCCCUUUUUUUUACCCGACAGCGCACUUUUUCAGCUUGAACUUCAUUUACUCCUCGACAUUUUCUCUUGAAUAGAACAAAGACUCUUGCCUUCCUAGCUAGCACGUGUAUGUGAGAGAGAUGAAUAGAUUGCGCAUAAAAAUUAAAUGGAUCCGCACACCCACCCCCACUCUUCCAUCUAUCCCCCCCCCUCCGACCCCGUCUUAUCUGUCCCAGCGGAUCUGUUAUUUCUAUGCGCCACACACGCUUCGUAAGCGACUUCUAGAGAGAGCUCCAGUACCAGACUCUGUUUAACCAUUUCGCCAUUUUAUUACCAUUUUACGUAUACUUGAUUAUCCGACCAACAACUAUUUUUUUUAACUCUUUAACUGUUUGCUCCGCUAACCCCUGAAUCCCUGAGUCCCCUUCGCAAUGCCCCAUUUUGUUGUGAUAUUUGUAAAUAUGUAUGCCCCCCAUAUAACAUAUGUAUAUGUAUAUGUACUGUAUAGAUCUAUAAUGAAUGAUCCCAUAUUUGUAUAUUUUUUGUCACAAUUAAUGUAAAUGAAAUACUGUAGCAAACUAGCCAACUACUAUUUUAUAUCAUCGCAGAUGCCUGCUCGUGCAACCUGUACCACCAUAAGCUGCACUUAGUAUUUAAGCUCUUUAGCUGCUAAGCCUUUACUUUCCUUUCCACAAUUGUUAAUACUUUGCCAAAACACCAGAAACCAGAUACGAAUUUUGCCCACUUGCUUGUUUAAUAAAAUCCAAAUGUUGUUCAUCACAAAACGGA